GCGAUAGGAAAAGUCUAGCAAUGGAUGUAGUAUACCUCGGAUAGCUGCGACAGUGAUUCGCGCGAACAGAAAACUGCCGACUUUGGGCAUGCCAAUAAGCGCCAUCUGAACGAGGACUUGCUGCGCAUGUGCAAAACCAAGAAGCUGGCCAAAGACAUCGAAACGUUGCUCCUAAAUCACAACAGCCUCUCGAUCGUACCGGCAUCCAUCGGUGAAUUCGCGAACCUACGUGUGUUGGACCUUAGCAACAAUAGCCUGGAGCAGAUACCGGAAGCGAUAACGCAACAGUGUCAGCUGACGACGUUAAUUGCCAAAAAUAAUCUGUUGACCAAUAAAUCGCUACCCAAGAUGCUGCGAUCGUCGCAUGGAGGUGGCUUGAAGGAGCUCAACUUGAGUGGAAAUCGCUUCACGCACUUCCCCGAACAGGUGAUCGAACUCAAGUCGCUGAAGUAUCUCUACCUAUGAAGCAAUAAGAUCACCAAUGUUUCGAAGGACAUCUGGAAGCUGCACAACUUGCAGCUUCUUUCGCUGGGCGGGAACCUGAUCACGGAGAUCCCGGACACCGUCGGACUGCCGAAUAAUCUCCACGCUCUCGUACUCUGUGAUAACCUGAUUGAGGCGCUACCGAGCUCAAUCGCUCGUCUGGUACAUCUCAAGUCGCUGCUUUUGCACAAAAAUUGUCUCAAACAUCUGCCACGUGAAAUCAUUACGCUGAAAAAUCUAACCGAGCUCAGUCUACGUGACAACCCGCUGGUCGUGCGUUUCAUAAAGGAUAUGAACCUCAAUCCACCUACUCUGCUGGAACUGGCCGCCCGUUCAGCGAAAAUCGCUUCAAUACCCUACGGUCCUGAUGAUCGUCCUCGGUCACUGAUUGACUACCUGCAGACGGCCAACUGCUGUGUUAAUCCCAACUGCCAAGGAGUAUUCUUCGACAACCGUGUGGAGCACAUCAAAUUUGUCGACUUUUGCGAUAAAUAUCGUAUUCCUCUGCUGCAGUAUUUGUGCUCCUCCCAAUGCAUAAAUGACACCAAAUCGACGGAUGUUUAUGGUGAGCCCAGCAGCAGUAUGAUGCGGAAGGUAUUUCUCGGGUGAUUUUGGUCAACACGUUUUUAUGCGAGG